CGACUGUCGGGAGUAAGCAUUGUCACCUAGGAAGAUAACUCGCUCAUUCAUAAUAUUACACCAAUACAUCGAUUAACAUUUCAGGGCUGUGAGAAGUGCUCUGCGUCAUGCCCAAGAAAAAAUCAAGUGAACCUAGGAGCAGCCCUCCUAAAAAGAAACAAAAAUUAGAUCAACCAAGUAGUUCAAGGAGAUCAGGAAAGCCAUCUUCCUCAGGAAUAAAUAGGAAGUCACCAGUAAAGAAAAAUACAGUCAAAAAGGAGGCUGAAACAAUGAAAACUGUGGCUUCGGGCAGAACUACUUUUAAAAAGUUUGUUGGAGCUCAUGUUUCUAUUGCAGGUGGAUUGCACAAGGCUGUGGAAAAUGCUGUAGAUAUUGGAGCUGAAGCCAUUGGGAUGUUCCUGAAGUCCCAGAGGCAAUGGGCCAGUAAGCCACUAGAUGACAAGGCAGCAGAAAAAUUUAGAGAAGCCUGUGAGGAACACCAAUUCCCACCACACCUGAUUCUCCCCCAUGGCUCCUACCUGCUAAACUGUGGCUCUCCUAACCCAGAGACCCUCCAGAAGAGCAGAGAGUCCCUGAUAGAUGAGCUACGGCGGUGUGAGAAGCUGGGCUUGUCUCUGUAUAACUUCCACCCUGGGUCCACGUGUGGAGAGAUCAGCGUGGAGCAGUGUCUGGACCGGAUAGCCACUAGUAUUAACCAGGCACAUAGGAAGACCAAGUAUGUUAUCACAGUGAUUGAAAAUAUGUGUGGCCAGGGGAACACAAUUGGAGGCAGUUUUGAAGAGCUGCGUGGCAUCAUUGACAGAGUGGAGGACAAGGCGAGGGUUGGGGUGUGUCUGGACACCUGCCAUGCUUUUGCUGCAGGUUAUGAUCUGAACACAGCUCAGGGCUUUCACAGAAUGAUGGAAGAGUUUAAGAAAAUAAUUGGUUUCAAGUACCUGAAGGCUUUGCAUGUCAAUGAUUCUAAAGGUAAAUGUGGCUGCCACCUGGACCGACAUGAAAAUAUUGGUAAAGGCCAUAUUGGUCUGGAGGGCUUCAGGAGGUUCAUGAAUGAUCCAAAGUUGAACAACAUACCUUUUAUAUUGGAAACUCCAGAGUGUGACUAUGGCAAAGAGAUUGACAAGCUUUAUUCUCUUGUUAAGGGCAAAUAGCCGUUGUAUCACAAAGCAGUGAUAGACUGGGUUCCCAUAAAGCUAUUGUACUAGCAGGAUUGAUCUUACUCUGAGGGGAUUUUCACUAAAUUGCAUUUCAUUUAAGCACCUUAAAUGUCUGUCAUACCCACCAAAGCUGCAAGGGGAGUUAAUAACAUUCGUGCA